AUGACUUCCGCUAAAUUACAGCAAGAUUUAUUAAAUGCUGACGAAUCCAUCCAAUAUGAUGCUAUUGUUAUUGGUUGUGGUGUUAUCGGCCCAUGUGUAGCCACAGCUCUAGCAAGAAAGGGCAAGAAAGUUUUAAUCGUCGAAAGAGAUUGGAAUAUGCCAGACAGAAUUGUUGGUGAAUUGAUGCAACCAGGUGGGUUAAGAGCUUUAAGAAGUUUAGGUAUGAUUCAAUCAAUCAAUAACAUCGAUGCUUAUCCAAUCACAGGUUAUACUGUUUUUUAUAAUGGUGAGAAAGUUGUUAUCCCAUAUUCUUAUAAACAGGAUGUUGGGCCAGUAGAGAAAAUCGACGGGUUAGUUUUUGAUGGGAACGAUAAAGUAUUAAACGACAAGUAUGUUACAAUCAAGGAUUAUGAAGACGAUGAAAGGGAAAGAGGAGUUGCCUUUGUCCAUGGUAGGUUUUUACAAAAUUUAAGAAACAUUGUUUCUAAAGAAAAAAACAUUACUAGAUUACAAGGUAAUGCCACUGAAAUUUUAAAGAGCACCAAGGAUAAUGAGGUUAUUGGUUGUAAAAUAGAUAUUGAGACACGUGGUAAAGUAGAUUUCAAAGCACACAUGACUUUUGUUUGUGAUGGUAUUUUCUCUAGAUUUAGAAAAGAGUUAUCUGCAGACCAUGUGCCAAAAGUGCAAUCUUCUUUUAUCGGCAUGUCUUUAUACGAUGCUGUUACUCCAACCAAAUAUAAUGGACAUGUUAUAUUAGGUCCUCAACAUUUACCUAUUUUGGUUUACCAAUUAUCUCCAAAUGAAACCAGAAUCUUAUGUGCUUAUAAUGACGCUAAAACUCCACAAGAUAUCAAGAGUUGGAUGAAAGAGGAUGUUCAACCUUUUAUCCCCAAGUCAUUGAGACCAUCUUUUGACAAAGCUUUGGAGGAAAAGAAAUUCAGAAGCAUGCCAAAUUCCUAUUUACCAGCCAAGCAAAACGAUAUUACAGGGCUAUGUUUCAUUGGUGAUUCUUUAAAUAUGAGACAUCCAUUGACAGGUGGUGGUAUGACUGUUGGGCUGAACGAUGUUGUGUUAUUGAUCAAGAAAAUUGGUGAUUUAGAUUUUGCUGAUCGUGAAACUGUCUUAGAUGAGUUACUGGAUUUCCACUAUGACAAGAAGAAAUACGAUUGUGUUAUCAAUGUAUUGUCGAUUGCCCUAUUUAGUUUGUUUGCUGCCGAAUCUAAAAACUUAAAAAUUUUACAAAGAGGUUGCUUCAAGUAUUUCCAAAGAGGUGGUGAUUGUGUAAAAUUACCAAUUGAAUUUCUAUCUGGGUUACGUCCAAGCCCAUUAAUGUUAACUAAAGUGUUCUUUGCCGUUGCUUUGUACUCUGUUUAUAUUAACUUUGAAAAGAGAGGUGCAUUGGGAUUCCCCUUGGCAUUGUUAGAGGGUAUUUCUAUUUUAUACACCGCUGCAGUAGUUUUUGCUCCAUAUUUGUUUGGGGAGUUGAUUGGUUAG